AGUGCUUUUUCCUAUAGGUCAGGUGUCAAGUGGAAGCAAACAUUGCCCGGUACCGCUCCAAAGUAUAGUGAGCGGGGAAUUCAAACAGCGCGAGCAGGGAGUCUUCACGCCACUUGAAGUGUUUCCUUCUCGUCACAACCAUGGCCAUUCUUUACGCGCUCGUCGCACGGGGCAAAACUGUACUUGCAGAGUUCACGAGUACGAGCGGCAACUUCCCAACAGUAACGCGAUUCCUCCUAGCGCGCAUCGAGGACAAGGGUGUAUCUCAAGGCAGCAAUGGGGAGUCGAGCGGACAGAAGAUGUCCAUCAUUUACGAUCAGCACAUCUUUCACUACCUGGUCGACGGGCAGGGCCACGCUUCGUCGCCACUCAUAUACUUAUGCAUGGUGGAUGACGCUGAGAACAAGCGUCGCAUGGCUUUCUUGUUCCUGGAAGAAGUGCAGCGGCGUUUCAUGGCCGCGUAUGGGGAUACAGCCUACACGGCGAUUGCUUUUGCCAUGAACGAAUCCUUUUCGCCCUCUCUGAAAAGCAUGAUGGAUUUUUACAACGCGGAUCCUUCAGCCGAUAACUUGCAGCAGCUGCGCACGAAGAUCGACGACACUAAGAGCGUCAUGGUGGAGAACAUCGACCAGGUGCUCGAACGGGGCGAGAAAAUCGAGCUUUUGGUCGACAAAACAGACAGGCUCAGCCAACAGGCAGUGCAGUUCAAGAGGCUUCGACUUCCAUAA